AUGCAACAAGAGCUUAAUAUUAACAUUCCUCAUUACCCACCCUUUAAGCUAAGGUCCUCCUUGAUUGACAAGGAUCCAGUUAUAUGGGUUCACUUGUUGGAAUCAUAUAUCAAAUUGUUCAAGUUUUUGAAUAGCAAGGAAGAAGAUGCCAUUCGAACAUUAUCAAUCAAGUCUCAGAAACAAUUACAGUUGUUCUUAAAGGUAUUUUUGUUUGAAGUAUCAAGAGAAGAUACUCAGGUGUUCUCAUUGGGUGCAAUAAACCCUGACAUUAGAAGAAACAGUACCACUUUAAAGGCAUAUGUAUUUCAAUUCAUUAAGAAUUUCAGUCUUAUUAAACUAGGAUUAGCUGGUGAUUCUAUUUGGAAUUUUGUCUUAAUAUACGUAUCUGGAAACAUUACCACAGUGAGAGGGCUUGUGGAUGGAUCUAUGAAGUCCAAAUAUAAUGAUAAUAAGAAAUCCGGAAACAUUAGUUCCAUAGGGUUAGUCCAUAAGCAUUUGAAUGAAACCAUAAUUAAUGGGAAAUUCACCAAACAGGAUUUGGAAGCACUUAGUGCAUUAUUAGGACAGCAUGCAUCCUUUUCAGGUAGAUCACAGACUAUCAAUGUCACUGGGGGUGGACCAAAUACCAAGAAUCGAACAGUUAAUAAAAAGAACUCGAGUGCAUUACCAUUCGCCGAACUGUUUGUGAACUCGGCAUGGAUUGAAUUAUUAGAAAAGAUUCACGCUGAUGGCGAGGGAUUAUACGCUAAUACAUCGAAGGAUGUUUUGAUAACGUCUCUCAUUUCCUUAUCAGUGGCAAGAAUUGCUAAGUUAGCGAUGGAUUUGGGAAUCACGAAUGUAGAUGCAUUUAUUAUAUGUCCUCUUUUCAGUUCACUUAUAAUUUCCGAACCAUUUAAGGAAUUAUUCCCGGGAUUGGAGGAACGUUUGCCAUUUUUAAGAACCAUUACAUUUGGAGCAGUUGCUCAAGAAAACUCUAGUGGUAAGAAGGACAACGGUGAGCCACCAGUGUCCGAAGAACAUAUUACAUUCUUAAUGGAAUUGUUCCCCCUACUUACACAUGGAAAAUCGAAAGUUAUACUUCAAGAAAAUAAUGAUGAUUUAGAUCAUGUUACAAAUCUUUUAUUAGAGAACCCAGACCUAAUUGACUCUAUUCAAGAAGAAGAAUUUGAAGAAGAUUACGACGUUGAUGAUACCAGUUCUGCUCUAUUAAAUCAAUCAUUGGUUGAUAGAUUUGCAGAAUUUGAUAUUGCCAAUGCAGAAAUAUUGGACAAAAAGAAUUCUGAUGAGUCUACGAAUCAACCAGAAGAUUUGAAGAAAAAGACUCUUUCUGCAGCUUUAAGAUUGAUGUAUGAAAGUGAUGAAGAUGAGCCAGAUGAUUCAUAUAUCUACAAUGAACUGGAAGCUACAUCUAAAGAUUAUGAUGGGAAUAAUGAAGAAGAAAAGGAAGAACAAAGGACGAGACAAACUGUACGUGCUGUUGUGCCGCUGCAAGAGAGAUACCUAUUUGCUGAAUAUAAAACCAAAGGUCCAUCAGCAUUCACUAAACAACAACGUGGAACUCCUGUACGUCUACAGUUUAAAAAGACAACUAGUUGGACCGAUGAACAAAUUGAAGGUUGGUUCCGCAUGAUGAGUAAGGUGCCUAGAAGAUUUAAAAUUUUAGAAGAAGAUUUCUUGAUGGGAGGAAAUCCAAAUAGACCCCAGAAGCAAACGAAUAGCGAUAGUGAUGAUGUUAGGCUGACUUCAGGAUCACCAGUACCAUCCAGUGGUAGCUCAAGCGCACCACAAUCCAAAGAACAAGAAAAGAGAAAAAAUGCUCGAAAUGAGAAAAAUAAAGCUAGAACUGGUAAUCAUAAUAGAAAAGCGAAGCUGACAAAGAAGACAGGACUUCAAGCCAAUGGAUUAGCGAAUUAA